CCCACCACCACCACCAGCACGAUUCGUUAUUUGUACGCGGUCACCGCGUCGGCAACGCGUCGUGUCAAGCCGUUCUCCGCGACGUAAACAACUCUCUCUCUGUCUGUCGCAUUCUGUUACUCCGCGAAUUCUCUCUCUCUCUCUCUCUCUCUCUCGUCCAACCCCGUUGAAGGAUCGCGCACCAUCCCUUCGUCAGCAUCGAAUUGCACGGCGCCGAUGAGAGACCGGAGACAACCAAGGGACAACUAAGGACGUUCCACGUUUUCAAAGGAAACCGAUAAAAGAGAAGAGAAACGGAGCCGAUCAAACAGCACCUGGACGUAGUGCUCGGUGCACCAGCGGGUCACCGGUGGCCGUGGCGACACGAUAACGGAUCGUUAUCACGUUUACCGCGCCGAAGAGGCUUCGAGGCACCCUAUCGUGUCGAGCAGAGCGGACGACGACGAUCUCCCGAUGACGAUCUCCCGCGCGAACGAGCAGCUCGAUCGGAAGGAGCCGAGGAGGAAGAAGAAUCACGGGAAGAGCUCUGUGAGACGGUGCAAGCACCUGUCCUCCGAAGAAGACGCCGGAAGUCUCGCGGACGACGGGGUGAAGCGGUUUCACGGUGACGGCCUGGUCGUCCAGCUGGACUCGAACCACCGCAUGCUGGAGAUCACGGGCGACGGCUGUCGCGUGAUCCUCUCGAGGAACUCGGGCAGCGUUCACAUCGUCGGCGACGGCUGCCGUCUGAGUGUGAGCCACAACGUGGGCGACAUCGAGUACACCGGCGACGGCGGCCGAGUGCUGCUCGGGCCGGACUCCUCCAUGGAGAAGGUGAAAUUCGUGGGCGACGGCGGUAAAGUGAUCCUUGACGCGACGGGCCCCGAGGCGGCGGAGCCGACGCUCGAUUACGGAAAGUUCCACUGCUGCCGGAGAAGGCGGCUGGAAAAGUUCCCGUUGAGGGAUCAACGGAACGGAGAGACCGAGGAGGCCGCGAGUUCGCGCGGGGGAGUCGCCGGGGGCGCGUGCAGUCGCGAGAAAUGCGAAGGACGAGGCGACGGCGAUGACGAGAACGGCGGCUGGCGCGUAACGAUGUCAUCAUCGAGCCGGGAAUGUCUGGAGAACUCGUUGAACGACGUGAAGGAGAGGGGCCGCCAACGGGGGAAGUACGGGAAGCGUGACGACCAAACGAGGAAGUCCUCGCGCUGUCGGAGGGUCGUCACCGUCACGGAGAUUCGAGGUGACGGCCGGUGUGUGCGGAAACAGCUCAGCGGCGACUCCUCGUUGAUCGUCACCGCGAACGGCGACGUUCGCUCAUCCUCUCCUCCGUGACGAUGGACGGGCGUGCCGGGCAGAACUUUUCGGCGUGGACAUCGGGAUCGAGUGACGCAAACGAAACCCGGGUGACGUUCCGUGCGGGCCGGCCACAUCUGUGAAAAGCAAAACGGCCAACGACGAGCGAUCGUAAUUGCGCAGCCCGAUCACACGUGAUCGAUCGAAAGCAACCGGAACCAGCCAACUCUGCCAGUAGUCAGUAAUAAUUUCGUUGCGAGUCCGUCACGAAUGCGUUACGUCAUGUUUCCUACACAAUUGUGAUAUUUUCUUAUUUAUUUCCUUCGUAAGUAGCUCGAACUAAAUGUCGCGACUUCUUCGUGAAAUCUUCAUGAAAUCAUCAUUUAUAUCACUACAUUUAUAUCACUGACGA